UUGAGUUGAGAGAUGCUCUGUGAAUUUAAGUUCAGUACAAGGUAGCUUCUUAAAUAUCUGAAAAGAAUAUCUUUCAUAUAUUUGAGUUUGAAAAUUUGUUCUAAAUUUGAAAUGGAACCCUUGGAAAUAUACGAUGCGAUUAAUAACAAAGUUAUACGUGUAUAUGUGUCUACGGAUGUAGCUGAAAAAUGUCGCACAGAUACUGAAUUUGCCCAAGAUUUAUUUAAUAAAUUGCAAGACCAGGAUAUAGAAGAAGGCUGUGCAGUGGAAAUUGAAACAAUAAAGUCCGAAGUGAACGAAGAAGGUGAACCUGCGGAAGGUGAUGAAUAUGAAUCCCCCCUUGAUGAGAAAAUAAAUGAUAAAGAGGUUUGGAGUAGACACGAAACAUUAAAAUUAAUAAAGAUUUAUCAGCGGUAUAAAGAUACGUUUAAAGAACAUAAACAAAGAAGAGUAGUUUGGGCCAUGAUAGCUGCUGAAUUGUCACAGUAUAAUGUUUUCAAAUCGGCAGCAAAAUGUGCUGAAAAAUGGAAAAAUUUAUUAAGAACGUAUAAGGUUGCAAAUGAGAAACCAAACGUACCAACAAGAUUCCAAUAUUAUCAAGAAAUGAAGGAUAUAUUUAAUAAUACAGAAGUUUCCAUAUCUGAUAGUGAAACGGAUGAAAAGGAAGUAAAGUAUACCCCAUUGUCCUCGGCAGAAGUUGCAGAACUGAAGGAUAGUUUUACAGAAGAAGUUCCGGAAAAAGAAUCCUGGUCAAGAUAUGAAACUCUUAAAUUUUUAAAAGCUUUUCAAAUGUUGAAGCACAUGAAACAAAAUUUUUCAAAAGAAAAACAUUUUUGGUCAAUGGUUUCUGCACAACUUGCAAAAGAUAAUAUACAUAAACAUCAUGAGAAAUGCUCGGCUAAGUGGAAGAACCUUCUGCGCAGCUAUAGGAAAAAUUUAGAAAAGCCUAGUAUGCCCACAAGAUUCCAGUAUUUUCAGGAAAUGAACGAUGUGUUGAAUGAUACCGAAUUAGAAAUUGCUGAUCAUAUUAUGCGCAUUACAGAUGAUGUUGAAAAGAUUGUAGACCCCGACCAAUUCAAAACUAUCUUGGAAGAGGCCGAACUAGAAACUUCUAAAGAUCCCGUCUCGUGGGCGGCAGACGAGACGUUGAAACUUAUCGAGGCCUAUAAAAAACAUAAAACCAAGUUUAAUAAAUGUCCCUCAAAAAAAUUUGUCUGGGCUGUUAUAUCAUCAGAACUCGCCAAUCAAGGUAUCUACCGUGACACAGAAAAAAUUGAAAACAAAUGGAAAAGCCUUCUGCGUUCGUACAGAAGGGGCGAACUUAAAGGAGAAAAUCCGAGGUUUUACUUUUAUGAAGAGAUGUCUGAAGCACUAAACGAUCAAAAUGUUACCACUACAAAAAACGAGGAAAACGGCACAGAAUAUUUAGCCGAGGAUAACUCUAUGGAUAAUACGGAAAUGGUAAUCGAAAACUCGGACCAUGCAUAUAGCGAAAAUGCUGGAUAUGAACAAAUAAUCAUCCAAACUGAGCCAGAUGAGACUGAAGAUAAUGAAAACCAUUGGUCUUACAGCGAGACGUCAGCCUUACUAUCAGCUUACGCAAAUUAUAAGAAAAAAUUCAAAAACGGAAGGAAAUCGAAGCUGUGGGAAGAAGUUACGAAGGAACUAAAGUCUGUCGGUAUACAUAAAUCCGCAGAAAGUUGCGAGAAGAAGUGGAAGAAGAUGUUUAGUGUGUACAAGAUUCAUAAACUGAAUAAAACCGGACCUGGCCGAUUCCAGUUCUAUCAAGAGAUCGAUGACAUUCUGAAAGAGGAGUUAGGAGGUGGCGACGGUGAUGAUGAACCUGUUGGUCCUAAUAAAAGAUGUAAAUGCAGCGAGAAAAGGAUGGUAGAGAAGCAGAAUAGACACAUAGAGCGAAUGCAGAUGUUGAAAAGGAAGCUGGAUUUGGAAGAAAGGAAAGUUGAGGCCUUCGAACUAUACGUGAAACACUUUAAAAGUACUAAUAGUAGCGGUAGAAGUUAGAAUUCUAAGCCAAAUUAAGUGAUGAUUGAUGUUAAAUUGAUUUUUAUAUUGACAAAAAAAGGAUAUUUGAAUAUUUAGGGUAAAUAAAUCCUUUACUAA